AUGUCGGGGCCUGCCACAGCUGCCAGCCGAAACCCAUUUGGAGCUAAAUCGCGGACCAUGGCGAAUCACGAUGCGGUCAGCGGCCGAUCCCAAGCUUCCAUGAGGCUGGUUCCGAAAUUCAUACAGCCAUCCAUACUAGUCCGCACUCGCGUCCGUCAGCCGAGGGCCAAGUGGACCGAGCUAAGUGAACUAGACUCUCGCGUCGCGCGUGGCGGCCCAGGCCACGGCGACGGGACGGAGUGGCCUUUUUUCUCCAUGACAAGAUCGGGGAAUGAAGAUCAUCACUGGAGAUGGGAGAUGCAGACUGUCAGAUCGACAAGUGACUCGGUAGGUCCGAAGGCGAGUGCCAACUUGAGCUAG